AUGCCUUUCCAUAGGGGAGACAAAAGCGGUCAUUUCGAUGCCAGUCAAAAUACAUUUAAUCUGCAAGAUCCGGGUUUUGGACCAAGUCAAGGUGUUUACAAUAAUCGCAUGGAUCCUCGAUAUGGCAAUAUGAAUCCAAACUAUUAUGGCGGUGUGCCUGGAGGAAAUGGAAGGUAUGGACAGGAUGUCUAUAAUCAACAGCCUGGCUCUCAAGGCUGGAAUACGGGAAGACGACAUUUUAAUGGCUCAGAUUCGGAUGACUCUGACAUUGAUAAACGCAAUUACAGAGGUUCAGGGCCGGGUUGCAAUUGGGGACGACAUGGUUCACACUCAAAUCGGCGUGGUCAUUCUAGUGAUCGUGGUUCAAGUUCAGAUGAAGGAAGGCGUAACAGACAAUGGCGCUGA